AUGGCGACUUCUCAACUUACGACAUUAACAUCGGCAUUACCAGAGGAAGGGAGAGUUCGGGUUUACGUAGGUAAAGAUAAAGAGAGUCAAUGCAAGCUAGAGGUUGAGGCUAAUUUGCUAAACCACCCAAUGUUUGAGGAUCUACUAAGGUUGUCUGAGGAAGAAUUUGGACACUCGUACGAAGGAGCCUUAAGGAUUGCCUGCGAGAUUGAUGUCUUCAUCAAACUUAUCAAUCUACACAAAACAACUAAUCAUCAUAACCCUUCCCUUUGCUUUACCCAUAAUUCCACUAAAUUAUCGUAGCUUUUAUACAUUUUUUUUCUUUUCAUAAUUCUUUAUUUCUCUAAACGGAAGAAAAAAUGGACAAAGUUCAUUCCUUUA